CAACGAAACCGCCGGGUCAUUGUAUCAGUGUCCUAAUUAGGAAGAACCAGGAAUUACAUAAACCUCCUACAGUGUGUGUAGCAGUAGUUGUGUUUCGAGAGUUUGGAGUUAAAAAGGAAGAGAGACGACUUGUUGAGCGGUGUGUCUUCAAGUGUCGUGCAUGCAUUUUAUGCAUCUGUUGCUUUGCAUGCACUCUCUCUCUUCUUGUUUCUCUCUCUAAAAAAACCCAACCCUUCUCUCUCUCUACAAAAUACACGUUUUCUUGGUCUUACCCGCAACCAAAAAAAUAAAACCCAACUCUCGCCGUUACGUUCUUAAACCACUGAGUUUGACUCGUCUGUUGAGUAGUACUCUCAGACCCAUUGAGCUUCAGUUGUUCUCAGUGUUUGAAUGACUAGUGGUUUUCGAGAUUUGGGUUCUGCAGAUUGGGAAAAGAGGAGGGGUUGAAUUUGGGGCAAUGGCGACCAAGAUUUGCAUGAAUGUUUCGUGUGGGACGAGCAAUACGCAUGAAUGGAAGAAUGGCUGGCCUUUGCGAUCUGGUGGAUUUGCCCAUCUCUGCUACAAGUGUGGAGCUGCAUAUGAGAAGUCAGUUUUCUGCGAUACAUUUCAUUUAGGGGAAACGGGUUGGAGGGACUGCAGUUCGUGCCACAAGCCUCUCCACUGUGGAUGCGUAGCCUCUAGGUCAUUAUAUGAGUGCCUGGAUUACGGGGGUGUAGGGUGCAUUGCCUGUGCAAACAGUUCUCAACCUCGUGUGAUCCAGAGGAAUGAUGUCCUGAAUGGUUUUGGUGGACUGACAUUAAGUAAUGCUAGUGACCGAAAAUCCACUUCUGUUGAAUAUAGAGCGGUUGGUGAUACAGUUGAUGAGGGAAAAUUUUUGCAAUUGUGUGGUACUGUUGAUGAGGGAAAACUUUUGCAAUUAUGCAAGAUCAUGGAGGCUAAUGAGUCCACCCUUUUGCCUCAAUCUCCGACAGGUGAAGAAAGUGUGUUUCUUGAAUCCAAUCUUUUGCCUCGACCUCAGAGAGAUGAUAUAAGUGAAUCCCUCGGCCAAACCAAAGGACAGGAAGUCAUUCAUCAAAUAGGAGAAGUUAGCACAGGAUUUUUUAGUGCCACCCAGUCGUCUAUUGGAUCGUUAACAUUUGCCCAAUCAGACAACGGCAGAACAAUGUUAGAGGUCAACCAUAUGAGUAUACCAUCCUCUCAGCCAUCUUUGAGUAUGUCUUUGGGUGCCCCAUCUGCAACUCCAAAUUUCAUACAACCCUUUUCUGGGGGGCAUGUGGAUAUAAGAGACCAGAGUAAGUCACCUUCUGCCUUCCAACAGGUGCAAAAACCUCGUCCUAUUUUGCCCAGACCUUUGAAACCUGCCCUCCCUAUAAGUUCAGAGACAAAUAAAGGUGCGCGCAUUGCAAGACCACCUGCUGAAGGACGGGGGAAGAAUCAGUUACUUCCCCGAUACUGGCCGCGGAUUACUGAUCAAGAGCUGCAGAAGUUAUCGGGAGCUUUGAAUUCUACUAUUGUGCCACUGUUUGAGAAAGUGCUGAGUGCUAGUGAUGCGGGUCGAAUUGGUCGCUUGGUUCUCCCAAAAGCAUGUGCUGAGGCAUAUUUUCCUCCUAUUUCUCAAUCAGAAGGCCUUCCUCUAAGGAUUCAAGAUGUGAAGGGAAAUGAAUGGACGUUUCAAUUCAGAUUUUGGCCAAAUAAUAAUAGCAGGAUGUAUGUUUUAGAAGGUGUGACACCUUGCAUACAAUCAAUGCGACUGCAAGCUGGCGAUACUGUGACAUUCAGUCGGAUAGAUCCUGGAAACAAACUUGUCAUAGGGUUUCGAAAGGCAUCACAAUCUGUAAACAUGCAGGGACCCCAAACGUCUGUCCUUCCAAAUGGCACACCUGGGGAAACUUCCUUUUCUAGUGAGAAUCUGGCUGCAGGAAGUGGUGACUCUAGUCUUUUCCAUAUGAAUAAAGGAAGCAAGGAUCCUCACCUAAAUUCUCCAUCAGACCAUCAUUUGGCUGAGUGGGAUACGUAUAUGCAGAAAAGUGAGAAUGGUCACAGAACAAGUGAGGAUUUGCUGCAGCCAGUGUCGAAUUCUGAGAAAAAGAGGACCCGGAACAUUGGGCCUAAAAUUAAGAGAUUGCUCAUGCAUAGUGAAGAUGUUCUGGAGCUGAGGCUGACAUGGGAAGAAGCACAGGACUUGCUUCGUCCACCGCCAAGCGUCAAACCAAGCAUUGUCACUAUUGAAGAUUUUGAAUUUGAAGAGUAUGAUGAGCCCCCAGUUUUUGGAAAGAGAUCUAUAUUCACUGCUGGGCCAUCUAAGAGACAGGAACAGUGGGCUCAGUGUGAUAAUUGCUCCAAGUGGAGGAAAUUGCCUGUCGACGUUCUUCUUCCUCCAAAGUGGACAUGCUCAGACAAUUCCUGGGAUUCAAGCAGGUGCUCGUGUACUGCACCAGAGGAGAUGAGCCCAAAGCAAUUGGAUAAUCUUCUGAGUUCAUCUCUAUCCCUUAAAGGUUUGAAGAAGAGACGAAAAAUCAUAGAGAAGAAAGAAGCUGAAGAACAAGAGCCUUCUGGCUUGGAUGCCCUGGCUAGUGCUGCUAUUCUGGGAGAUAAUGUGCGUGACUCAGGCGAGCAAUUAGUUGGAGCCACCACCAAACAUCCCCGUCACCGCCCUGGUUGUACUUGCAUAGUGUGUAUUCAACCCCCAAGCGGGAAGGGCAAGCACAAGCCAUCAUGCAAAUGCAAUGUGUGCUUGACAGUGAAACGGCGCUUUACAACCAUGAUGCAGCGGAAGAAUGAGAAGCGUCAAUUAGAACGCGAAGCAGAGAAUUCCCAGAGGAAGAAUGACAAACACAAGGAUGAAUCAGAAGUGAAAGGCACCACAUCGGGAGAUACUGCGUUGCAUAUGAAUCACUCAGCAGAGAAUUCCCAGAGGAACAAUAACAACCACAAGGAUGAAUCAGAAAUGAAUGGCACCACGUCAGGAGAUGCUGCAUUGCAUAGGAAUCACUCAUCGGAGAAUGGAGCCAGCAGCAGCCAUAGCAGAACUCAAGCAGAUGCUGCUGAAAGUUCCAGUGCCAGACAAAUUGACCUGAAUUGCGAACCCUUCGGUUUGUUUAGGAACCCCACACUUCAAGAUCUCUUGAAGCUUGCUAAAGCUGCCUCCGCGGCCCGACCAUUGGAGAAGUACACAAACGAAAAUUCCCUCAGAACCAUGAUGUGCGAGGAACAAGCUGGUCUUGCUUCUUGUUCACUUACACAAGCCAAUGGUGACAAUGAGAGACGACUGCCUAAUGAAGCUCACAUUUCAUCUGUGGCAUGGGACUGCCCAAGUAUAGGUGAUAAGGUUUACCGUGAGCCUGAUUUAGACUGAAACAGUCCAAACUCUCCCCCUUGUUCUUGUCCAAGUAUAGCAAAGUGGAUGGUUCCAUACAUCUCUACUUCUACACAACCACAGAAUGUAAUUUCAUUUGUUCUUUUUUUUUUUUUUUUUAAUCUUUUCCGGUUCAUCAGCCAUUUUGUACUGUGCAUUGCCUUGGCCUCCAAGUCAAAGCGAAACCAUUACGGAAAUUGGAUUUCCACCAGGUUACAGUUCAUUAGUUCAACUAGUUAUGAAGAGUCAAUCCGAUCGAGUAUAUGGGAUUUCGAAAAUCCGUCUCCAUCUGUAAAUCUUGUCCAUGUGUAGUAAUCGGCUAUUCUUGUUUCA